AUGACAUCGUUACUUGAUAAAGGAAAAGAAUUUUCUAAGAAAGCAAUGGAGGAAGAUGAAAAAGGAAAUUCUAAAGAAGCAUUAGAAUAUUAUAAGAAGGCUAUUGACUGUUUGGUUGCACAUAAAAAAACUGAAAAAAAUGAAAAAGUUGUUAAUAUCAUUAAUAAACGAGUGAAAGAAUAUGUUGAACGGGCAGAAUAUUUAAAAAGAAUGAUAAGUGGAGAAAGAGUUAAAUCAGAUGACCCAGAUAAAGAAGAAGACGCAGAAAAUAAAGCUCGUAGUAAUGCUGUUGGGAAUGCUGUAUUAAAAGAAAAACCAAAUGUACAUUGGGAAGAUGUUAUUGGUUUAGAAAAAGCAAAAGAAGCUUUACAAGAAGCAGUUAUUUUACCUAUUAAAUUUCCACAAUUAUUUACUGAUAAAAGAAAACCAUGGACUGGGAUUUUAUUGUUUGGACCACCUGGUACAGGUAAGUCAUUUUUAGCAAAGGCAGUUGCUACUGAAGCUGAUUCUACAUUUUAUUCAGUUUCUGCAUCAUCAUUACUUAGUAAAUAUUUAGGUGAAUCAGAAAAAAUGGUUAAAGAAUUAUUUGAAACGGCUAGAAAAAAUAAGCCAAGUAUUAUAUUUGUUGAUGAAGUUGAUUCGUUAUGUAGUUCUCGUGGGGAUGGAGAGACUGAAGCAAGUAGACGUGUUAAAACUGAAUUCUUAGUUCAAAUGAAUGGUGUAGGUAAUUCUAUGGAAGGGGUAUUAAUGCUUGGAGCAACAAAUAUUCCAUGGCAAUUGGAUACUGCUAUUCGAAGACGUUUUGAAAAAAGGAUUUAUAUUGGACUUCCUGAUGCAUCAGCACGUGCUAAAAUGAUUAAAUGGAAUUUAGGUAAAUUACCUAAUCAAUUAACUGACAACGAUUUUAAAAUACUUGGAGAACAAACUGAAUUAUUCUCUGGAAGUGAUAUUGCUACUCUUUGUAAAGAUGCUAUUUACCAACCUGUACGUACAUUACAAGCUGCUACUCACUUUAAAUAUGUAACUGGACCAUCUCCAAUCACUGGAGAAAUACAAAAUGAUUUAGUUACACCAUGUAGUCCUGGAGAUAAAGGUGCUAUGGAAAUGAAUUGGAAACAAAUUGAAGGAAGUAAAUUAGUUGUUCCACCAGUAACAAUGAUGGACUUUAUGAAAUCAAUCAAAAACUCACGAUCAAGUAUUUCUGUAGAGGAUGUUAAUAGACAUCGUGAAUGGGCUGAACAAUUUGGACAAGAUGGAUAA